AAGGGUGGAUUUUGGCAACCAUAGCAACAAGCAGGAAAGCGAACAACAAAAAGGAAAACUUUAAAAUGGAAGAGCUACAAAAGGCCGGACUCUAUAUUGAUGAAAUCUAUAGAUUGCGUGUCCAAGAUCCCCGGAUUGCCAAUCAGACGAUUGAACUGCGGCAGGAGUGCCUGGAAUAUUCACGCAACUUGCAGGUUUUCAAGAAAUUCGGCGAGGACUUUUACAAAAUCUCUUCGAACUUCGCCAAGGAUGUGGAGAGUGAGAAACUGCGUGCAAUCGGCACCCAGAACCAACUAAAGACAAUGGCCAAGCAACGCCAGACGGAGCAGCAAGUCUACCAGAGCCAGAUUCUCGAGCAGACCGUCGAACUGGAGCGCAUGAAGAGUGAAUAUCAGUAUUUGCAACGCAUCGAAUCGGAACAGCAGGAGAUUAUCAACAACUUCCUAAUGAAUCAAUAAAAUCGCUUAAUUAUUUAUUGGAGCUGCAUCCAUUCUGCAUAAUCCUGGCUAGACAACAGUCCGAUUCAAUCAAUAAUUUUCUAAUGAAUCAAUAAAAGCACAU